CAGAGCCUCCGCCGGCUGUCGGAGCCCGCGGGGUCGCUGACGACGCAUGCGCCGGGAGGGGGCGCAAUCACCGACUCGGCCUGCGGCUGCCGGUUUAAAAAAGGAAGCCCCGGAGAGCGAGAGCGCGAAGGAAAUCUGGCCGCCGCCGCGAGCGCUCCCGCUGCUGAAACUCAGAAGCUGAUUGUGUUACACUGUAAGAUGCCUUUGGAUAAUUCUACAGUCUUCUUAGAUGAAUCUUUAGAACUUGGCGAGUAUCACUAGAUAUCUUCAAUCAUCAUUUUGAGCUCAAAGAAUUCUGAAACUUAACGGUUGAUCAUAUAGAAGAGUACCUUGAACCUAUAGUUUCCUGAAGAAUCAGUUUAAAAGAUCCAAAGAGUACAAAAGGAGAAGUACAAAUGUCUACCACAAGACGAAAACGUAGUAUGUUAUGUUGUUUACCGUAAGCUGUGGUAAAAUGAGCUCGAUUGUUGACAGAGAUGACAGUAGUAUUUUUGAUGGGUUGGUGGAAGAAGAUGACAAGGACAAAGCAAAAAGAGUAUCUAGAAACAAAUCUGAAAAGAAACGUAGAGAUCAAUUUAAUGUUCUCAUUAAAGAACUGGGAUCCAUGCUUCCUGGUAAUGCUAGAAAGAUGGACAAAUCUACCGUUCUGCAGAAAAGCAUUGAUUUUUUACGAAAACAUAAAGAAAUCACUGCACAGUCAGAUGCUAGUGAAAUUCGACAGGACUGGAAACCUACAUUCCUUAGUAAUGAAGAGUUUACACAAUUAAUGUUAGAGGCUCUUGAUGGUUUUUUUUUAGCAAUCAUGACAGAUGGAAGCAUAAUAUAUGUGUCCGAGAGUGUAACUUCAUUACUUGAACAUUUACCAUCUGAUCUUGUGGAUCAAAGUAUAUUUAAUUUUAUCCCAGAAGGGGAACAUUCAGAGGUUUAUAAAAUACUCUCUACUCAUCUGCUGGAAAGUGAUUCAUUAACCCCAGAAUAUUUAAAAUCAAAAAAUCAAUUAGAGUUCUGUUGUCAUAUGCUCCGAGGAACAAUAGACCCAAAGGAGCCAUCUACCUAUGAAUAUGUAAAAUUUAUAGGAAAUUUCAAAUCUUUAAACAGUGUAUCCUCUUCAGCACACAAUGGUUUUGAAGGAACUAUACAACGCACACAUAGGCCAUCUUACGAAGAUAGAGUUUGUUUUGUAGCUACUGUCAGGUUAGCUACACCGCAGUUCAUUAAGGAAAUGUGCACUGUUGAAGAACCCAAUGAAGAGUUUACAUCUAGACAUAGUUUAGAAUGGAAGUUUCUGUUUCUAGAUCACAGGGCACCACCCAUAAUAGGAUAUUUGCCAUUUGAAGUUCUAGGAACAUCAGGCUAUGAUUACUAUCAUGUGGAUGACCUAGAAAAUUUGGCAAAAUGUCAUGAGCACUUAAUGCAAUAUGGAAAAGGCAAAUCAUGUUAUUAUAGAUUCCUGACUAAAGGGCAACAGUGGAUUUGGCUUCAAACUCAUUAUUAUAUCACUUAUCAUCAGUGGAAUUCAAGGCCAGAGUUUAUUGUUUGUACUCACACUGUAGUAAGUUAUGCAGAAGUUAGGGCUGAAAGACGACGAGAACUUGGCAUUGAAGAGUCUCUUCCUGAGGCAGCUGCUGACAAAAGCCAAGAUUCUGGGUCAGAUAAUCGUAUAAACACAGUCAGUCUGAAGGAAGCGUUGGAAAGGUUUGAUCACAGCCCAACCCCUUCUGCUUCUUCUCGGAGUUCAAGAAAAUCAUCUCACACAGCAGUCUCCGACCCUUCCUCAACACCAACCAAGAUCCCAACAGAUACGAGCACUCCACCCAGGCAGCAUUUACCAACUCAUGAGAAGAUGGUGCAAAGAAGGUCAUCAUUUAGUAGUCAGUCCAUAAAUUCCCAGUCUGUUGGUUCAUCAUUAACACAGCCAGUGAUGUCUCAAGCUACAAAUUUACCAAUUCCACAAGGCAUGUCCCAGUUUCAGUUUUCAGCUCAAUUAGGAGCCAUGCAGCACCUGAAAGACCAACUGGAACAACGGACACGCAUGAUAGAAGCAAAUAUUCAUCGGCAACAAGAAGAACUAAGGAAAAUUCAAGAGCAACUUCAGAUGGUCCACGGUCAGGGGCUGCAGAUGUUUUUGCAACAGUCAAAUCCUGGGUUGAAUUUUGGUUCUGUUCAACUUUCUUCCGGAAAUUCAUCUAACAUCCAGCAACUUGCACCUAUAAAUAUGCAAGGCCAGGUUGUUCCUUCUAACCAGAUUCAAAGUGGAAUGAAUACUGGACAUAUUGGCACAACUCAGCACAUGAUACAACAACAGACUUUGCAGAGUACAUCAACUCAGAGUCAACAAAAUGUCCUGAGUGGGCACAGUCAGCAAACAUCUCUACCCAGUCAGACACAGAGCACUCUUACAGCCCCACUGUAUAACACUAUGGUGAUUUCUCAGCCUGCCGCUGGAAGCAUGGUCCAGAUUCCAUCUAGUAUGCCACAGAACAGCACCCAGAGUGCUGCUGUAACUACGUUCACUCAGGACCGGCAGAUAAGAUUUUCUCAAGGUCAACAACUUGUGACCAAAUUAGUGACUGCUCCUGUAGCUUGUGGGGCAGUCAUGGUACCUAGUACUAUGCUCAUGGGCCAGGUGGUGACUGCAUAUCCUACUUUUGCUACACAACAGCAACAGUCACAGACAUUGUCAGUAACACAGCAGCAGCAGCAGAGCUCCCAGGAGCAGCAGCUCACUUCAGUUCAGCAACCAUCUCAGGCUCAGCUGACCCAGCCACCUCAACAGUUUUUACAGACUUCUAGGUUGCUCCAUGGGAAUCCCUCAACUCAGCUCAUCCUCUCUGCUGCAUUUCCUCUACAACAGAGCACCUUCCCUCAGUCACAUCACCAGCAACAUCAGUCUCAGCAACAGCAGCAACUCAGCCGACACAGGACUGACAGCUUGCCCGACCCUUCCAAGGUUCAACCACAGUAGCACAUGCGCUUCCUCUCCGACAUCAAGGGAGGAAAGGGAUGGCCCAUUAAGAUUUACUCAAAUGACCUGAGGAAAAGAGGAAAAGUUCCAGCAGUUUCAUGAGAUCCAGUGUUGAGUGUUCUAGUUCCUGGAAUUAGUUGGCAGAGAAAUGCUGCCUAGUGCUACAGAUGUACAUUAAAUACCAGCCAGCAGGAGGUAAUCAUAGGGGCAUAGCCAAUUCUGACAGUGUUUUAGUUGCCCGGAUAUUUUUUGAUGGAGAAAGGAUAUAUUGCCAAAUGUUAAGCUCAGCUAUGAAAUGACCUCCAGUGAAUCAGAAAGGCACUAACAAUGUUAGUAACUUUUAGUGGUUCUGUGCCUCUUAUCAAGUGUUAGAGAGGACAUACCACUGCCAUGUCAGGGGUUUGCUUACAAUGAUGCCAUGAAGACAGUCCAGUAGACUUGGUAGCUACCCCCUCCCCAAACCCUCCCCCUUUUCAGAUAAUGAUGGAACAGUAAUUACUUUCAGAAUGUUGUGUAGGUAGGCCG